AUGUGGCAGCUUGCCAACUCCUACUACGAAGCCCAGAUCUAUGCCUCUGGUUGCGGCAACUUUGGCUCCAAUGCCACCUUGCCCUUUGCCUACGAUGUCGGCCGGUGCACGCAAGGAGUACCUCAAAAUCCCAGCCUCAAUGGCCGCGAUACCGUCAUGCUUCAAAAGAAGUACUUCGGAGGCUUACAUCUCAGUGAGGAGCUCUUCAAGUGGGCGACCACGUCCGGCGCAUCGCUCGGGGAUCUUUUCAUCAGCCGCGAGGUCUUAGAGGACCGUUACUCCUCGAGGCAUUCACUGGCAUGUGACGUGGACACAAUGCAUCACCCAAUGCAAGGAGCCAUUGGCCUUCGAUUGGAGGAGGUCCGCGAGGUCCGUCUGGAGAGGGUCGAGGUGACCAACCUUCGAAAUCUUGGAGAUCGGCAUGGGCCUCCGUGCAUGACAAGCUUCAGACUGUUGGCGAACGCAGAGGACGUUGUCCCUGAACGAAGCGUGGCAGAGGAGGGAGGAGGCGCGAAUGCGCGGGGCUUGCACUUGAACAUCAGCCAAGACAUCAGGCUCAAGCAAGUUUCUGUCACUGAUAUCGACAGCGAUGAGGGGUUUGCGAUUGGUAUUGACAUCGCCCCGGAUUCGAAUGACCGCUCGGACUACGGCGACCUCCGAGCCGUGAAGUUCGAUGGUGUCCGUGUGGAGGGACUCAGGGCAGCCCGCAAGUCCAUAGUGGCCCGCUUGGGCGAUGACGAGUUCAACAUGAAGGACUUUAAGUCAGGGCAGCCGGUGGACAACGGCAACUGGUUCAGGCCCCGAAGUUGGUGA